AUGGACUGGCAGGAGGCCGGUUUGGUUCAGGUCUACGAGGCGAUCGAAGUGUUCGCUGGAGUUGCGACUCUGAGCCGCUGUCUGACAUUCCUGGCCAUGUACUUGGUGAUGGCCAAACAGGGGGUGUGGGUGCUGGAGCAACCUGCUUCAAGCAUAGUCUUUCGUAUGAAGAGGUUCCAACAGUCUUUCGACAAUCGUUCUGGAUGCGUGGCUGGGGUUCACGCGCCAAAUCCGGAGCACAUCCUCGGCGUGCACGUGAUCCCACUUGAGGGUGUGAAUGACAUGUGGGCAGCAGCCAAGAAGCGUCUCGAAGCUUUGAAGGCGAAGAAGGUCGCUGCCAGCGAUUCGAGCACUCCUGUCACGCCGCCGCCGGUGCGUGGGGUUGACAAGAUCAGUGAGCCUACGACGAAGCAGGUUCAAAAGGCAUUGCCUGCUGCAGAUGCGACAGAAGACGAAGAGAAGGACUUGGCGGCCAAGAAGCAAGCUGCCAUGGAUGCUUCCCUUCGUCGCAUCUGCACUCCCAAGCCUAGCAGUGGGAAGCUUGAGGUUUCCAUGGAGAUUUACCGUCAGUGGAAAGCAGGGGGUGCCCAAAGGAAAUGUCUUUUGGAUACCUUGGUCAAAGCUGGGGGCAACAAGGAUGUGUUCAAGAAACAGCUUGAACACCUUCAAAAGAAAUCCCGCCGACACACGUUGAAUGUGGAGAAGGGCUUCUACACCAAAGCUGCUGUGGCAUACUGUGCGGACAAAAUCAGGGCUAAGACCCAUAUCAGGCGGGACAAAUACGAGAACCACAUCAGGGAGUAUUGGGUCGACACUGCCACAACAGGUAAGUUUGAAGAUGAGAAUGAAGAGUCUUUUCUGGAUCGCACCAGCGGGGAAGGGCAAGCAACUUCCUUCGACAUGGGGCUCCCGGCCAUCAGCCAGACAUGUCACAGCCCAGGUGCAGAACCUGAGGACUCUUCGGAUCAGGAGCUGGAGGAGGAGGAAGAUGGGUCUAGUGUUAAGACAAGGAUCCCCCGCAAAGGUGAAGUUGAACAGGAACAUGCCCUUGAGGCGAUUGAGAAUGUCAGCACUGUCAUGGCGAACAUCCUAAAAGUCCAAGCCCGAUUGGAAAUUUCCAGAGACAAGCUUGCUGAAAUGAAUACCACUGAAAGCCUUGCGAUCUCUACCUGCAUUAGGAGCCACAAAAAGGUGACGCAGUUCCGUGACCAACUGAUCAGCCUUCAUGAUGAACUUGCGGAUUUGAAGUCAUACUUCGAUGGCCAGAAGAACAUCUCAAAGGCUGAUGACCAGAGCCUUAUCUAA